AUGUCGUCGGUGCGUUCCGAGCCAAUAAAAUCUCGGAUGCAUAAUCCCUUUCACAAUCCAUUGCCGGCCUCAUUAUCCAAGGAGUGCAAGAAAGCCGGCAAAAUUUUGAAUUCAUUCAUCAAUCCGAAGGAAUUUGGCAGUCUCGACGGCGGGACAUUUCUGGAUGGCGGGGUACCCCGGAGCGUUCUUUCCAGGGCAAAGGGCCUUGUGAUCUUCACAUCCCUCAAAGCUGGAUUUCUGGGCUCUGUCCGGUUUGGGUCCGGGCUGAUUGUCGCCCGACUCCCUGACGGCACCUGGUCAGCUCCUUCGGCCAUUGCAACAGGAGGUAUUGGUGUUGGCGGCCAAUUCGGGAUGGAGCUGACUGACUUUGUCUUUGUCGUUAACACUGAACGAGAAAUGAACAAGUUCGCCCAGGGCGGUUCUUUGACUCUCAGUGGAAAUAUCAGCAUUGCUUUCGGCCCCAUUGGACGCAGCGGCGAGGCGAGCACCAUGGCCAGCCGUAAAGGUUUCGCGGGGAUGUACGCCUAUUCCAAAACCCGUGGUAUGUACGGCGGGCUCACGCUUGAGGGUGGCGUGCUCGCGGAGCGGGCUUCUGCCAACAAAAAGAUGUACGAGCGGAAGGUCACUCCAAAACAACUACUGGGAGGCGAGGUGUCUCCUCCGGCCGAGGCUGAGCCAUUGAUGUGCGUCCUGAGAUCGGACGUUUUCACCCUCGAGCCAACACCCGUUGAAAUUGUUCCUGAGGUCGUCUCGGGGCAACCAGAUGAACAAGCAGGGGAAUUAUCAUCACAGCGGACAACCGAGCCACCAGAAGGAAUCUUUGAGCUGCCUGCUGAAUAUCCGGCCUCUGAUGUUCCCAAUCCUCCUGAUGCUCCCAGUCCUCCUGAUUCUCUCAAUCCUCCUGAUGUUCCUGAUGUUCCCAACAUUCCCGAUGCUCCGGUUUCCCAGCCGGACACUGAAAGUACCGAGAUGGGCACUGAAAACCGGCAUGAAAGAUCGGGAAAUUCUACGGGUAACCCUAAUGAUGCGUCUCAGGAUUUGGUCACUCCUGGUGAAGCACCCGCAUGGUUAGCUGGUUUCAUAUCCAAAGAGUUUGGUCUUCCCUCAGAAGAACCUGCGCCGUCGGCAGAAAAGCCUGUUCAGUCCUCACACAAGCCAACAGCCUCUACAGCGUCUACUGUGCAGCCUGAGAAGAGCCGUCGGGCCUCACUUACUCGCAAGCCCAUACCAUCAUCUUCGGUGGAUAGUUCUGAACAAACUUCGUGGCUGGAUCUUUAG